AUACGGUUUUCAUCAUCGCCACUGUGCAACUUUUGCCAGGCGCGUCUAAGCGGAGUGAGCAGCGUGUCGGAACAGGGCCCGGCGGUGCCGCAGGGAGCGCGUCUUCUCUCCCUUUCGUUUUCCACGGCGAGCCGCUGCGCGUCGGCCGCUCUCGAGGCCCCGAUGGAAAACUUGCGCGUCUGCUUUCCUCACUUAACGUGAAGCACAAUGAGUGGGCGCUCUAGCGAGACGUGUGCGCUGGGGAAAUCCAUGACUUCCGCAUUUUCCCUGCACGACUGAAAGUCUGUGCAACUUUUCGGCGCACUAUAAAAAGCCACGAUGGAGCUGACAGUCAUUCGCAUUAGGACGCGCUUCGCGAGGACGGACAGAGGACUAUCUUUAAGGAGUCGGAACCUGGAGUUGUACCACUGCCAAUCGAAGCCUCUCAUCCGCAGGAGCAAAAGAAAAAAAAAGACGAAUACCGGACGCGCUCAGUGAAUCUCCGCGCAGCUCAGGCACCUCACCGCCGACGGACGAGGCACCGCGAUAAACGAGAUGGACGAAGAGUCUCUCCAGAAGAGCGAGCGCCGCCGUGGAAGCUGCCUGGACGUUUUUCUCGUCACGUCCAUCAUCUUUCUGUUGGUGACGGUGACAGCCGGGGCCGCUGGAGGAGUGAUGGUGGUGAUGCGUCUGCAGUCCAAACUGCAGCCCCCAGUCCCCGUCUUUUCAGUUGGAUACGUCAAACACGAGAUCAAGAGACACCCCUGAUCUCGGAUACAAGAUGCAGAACUUUGUCUAUGUGCAAGCCGUCUCAAGCGAGUUAAAUAACUCCACCAUGCAGUGGGCUCCCGUCAACUUCGAUGCUCAGACUUCUGUUGGAAGCAACUUCUUAUUUGACGCAGCGCAGCAUUCGCUGAUGGCCAAGAAAACAGGGAUCUACUUCAUAUACAUCGAUCUAAACCUCACGUGCACCUACAAGUGCAACGGGGGCCUCCUCAGCGUGAGCGUGGGUGACAAGCUCACCUGCAAGGUGGAGCUUCCAGAAAAGGCAGAUUCAACACCUGUGACCAGAAAGUGCUGGACAGUGAGCGAGCUGAAAGGUAAUGUGACUGAGCAGAGGCUGCUGAGUCAGAUGACUGUGCCGGAGAAGCCACUGAAGUACUGGAGACUGGAGCAGAGUGGCUCUGGAUUUGGAAUGUUCCUCGUGGCCUAAUGUGCACACGUCCAGUGUCAUGCUGCUCUCUUGAAAAUGCAGAUGUGCCCCCAAUUCAGGGGAAAUGGACAGGCGAUGACAUAUUCAAAGCUAUGACCACAUCCAAUGCAAACUAAGAUGAUGGAACUUGGCUGGCUUGGGAUCUGAAGAGGAAUCUCAUUCAUGAUAAUGCAAAUAGCUUGUGGAAACGACCAGGCGUUUUGCCUUAUAUAGUAUCUUACUUAUUUAUCAUAUUUAUAAUAUAUGAUAUGGAAGUAUUUAAUAAUAUGGAACUAUUUAUGUACCUGUAUAUAUAUUUAUUGACAUUUAUUUUGGAGUGGAUAUCACUACAUUACUAUUGAGUUUGAUCCGACUACAUUGAGUCAAGCGUGAUUUUAUAUCUCUUUUUCCAUUUUAUAAAUGGCAUGGAGCAUACCGUAGUUGUAUUAUGAUUUUAGAUCUUGUGUGGUGUACGUUUUUUACACACUUCUGGCAAACGAUGAGUAUCACUGAUGACUAACGCUCUGCAUUUACAAAAUCUCUGAUGGGGACAAGAUGCCACAAAAAUAAUCCUUCUUUUGUUGUGACGAAGAUAUCUAUGAUAUGUUGACACAUGCAUUGGAGAAAAAAUGGUUUUGAAAGAUGUUUAAGUCCUAUGGACAAACUACACAUUGUUGAAUGUAUUUUUUUUAUCAUGAUCCAUAUUAAACAUGACUAUGGUGAAGGC